CGACGACGAAUCACGAUUUAUUAUUUUGACAUUUUUGUUUGAUUGUUUGUUUGUGGAACAAAUUCUGUUUGUUUUGUUUUUUCGUUUUUUUGUUUGUUGAUCAAUCAAUUUGUGGGUGUGAUUUGAAUGUCGAUUGGAUUGAUUGAUUGAUUUUCGUUCGAAGAAAACAUCAGCAACAAUAAACAUUGUUGAAUUGCAAAAUGGAUAAUGAUCGAUCAGAAUCGAGAAUGACAAAUGUACGAUUUAAAAUUCGUUUAGCAUUGCUAAUUCUGAUCAUAUUUAUGUUGAUAACAAUAAUAUUGGCCAUUAUUUUUGUAAUGAUUUUUUGGAAAAUUAAUAAUCAACAGCAGAAUUUGGAUUCGAAUGUUCAACAACAACAACAUUCGAAUUCGAAUGGUAAACGAGGAAUCAUUUUAAUGUUAACAUUCAUUGCCAUCAUUUAUUUGAUCGGUUUAUUUGGCUUAAUUCGUUCGAAUCUUUCGAUAUUGAUAUUAUUUGCUACAAUCAAUAUAAUAUUGGCUACAAUUUGUUUGAUUAUGAAUCCGGAUCAUCAUUAUUCUUAUCAUUAUUAUGAUAAUGGCUUACCAUCACCAAAAUUAUCACAUAAUUGGGUAGCAUCGAUUGCAUUCAUUUUGACAUCAACAUUGACUAUUGUUUACGUUGUUAUUCAAUAUUUUCAUCGACGAUAUUUAAAAUUUAAUGGUUCAAAUAAGAACAACAGCCAACAAAUUAUUCGACAACGUAUUUUACGACAAUCAUCCGAUGACAAUAAUCAUUAUUAUCAUCAAAUUGGCCAGAAUAAUGAUGAUGAAUCCGAUAAUGAAAAUGAAGAUGAUGAUGCUCAAAAUUUAUUCGGAAACAAAAAACCAAAAAAACCAUGUACCAUUAUUGUCGAUAUAGUCGAUUCGAACGAUUUAGAUAAUGAUGAUGGUUGUCAUCGAACAUUAUUAUUACAGAAUUCGGAACAUUCGAAUAAAUCAUUAUCAACAACAACGUUAGGAAAUUUUCGUUCAAUUCUUUAAGAGUUUUUUCUUUUUGUGAAAUCCGAAAAAAAACUAUAAACAAACCAAACAAAAAGAUUUGUUGAUUUGUUAUUACUGAAAUUCUCGAUAUAUAGCCGGGAAAAUAUUUCGCGGAAAACAAUUUGCCCAAAAAGAAAACUUUCUUGGCAAAUUAAAAUUGGACAACCUUUUUUUCAUCAUGAAAAUUCUUUUGGAAAUAAUUUCAUUCAUUUAUAUGCACUCUAUUUGUUUAUUCGUUUGCAAAGAAAAAUAAUAAUUUUGAUCCAUAAUCGAUGUAUACAGAUGUACCGAAUAUAUCGAUCAAUCGAUUGAACGUAUAUUUCAAAAUGAUGAUGACAUUGUGGUU